AUGGCAACAAUCCAGACCCAACGGGAUGCGACGGUCAUCCUCACCGACUCAAGCAACUGGAUCCCUUGCCCCUCAGCUGCCUCAUCGCAUACCACCCGAAACGCUAGAUGCAACACGCGAGGAUCAGCACAAGACACUACAGAAAUGUCGACAACAACCUCACAAAUCCCCACUAUACCAACGCGAGUGUCAGAACUCUCAGAGAAAGGACAAGAAGCGUAUAAGGAGGAUCGCGACGACUACAAGCUGCGCCUUGAGUCAUACAAAAUACGGGAGAGGGACUAUCAAGAAGAAAGCAACAAAAUCUCAAAGAUGGUCGAACACAUCCUUACAACCGUAACACCCCAUUUACAACUUAGCUGCUGCACCGAGAACGGCACGCCGCGCGACUGGAUAACCGCCCUCCAAGACACAGUUGGAGUGGAUGAGGACGAGGAGAGAGCGCGAGCACGAGAGAGAUACCAAGCCGCACUCAAGCCAAUGCGUUCAACCACAAACUGGGAGACGUGGCUAAAUGAAUACGAUCAGGCUGCAACUCGAGCUGAAACCCUUGAGGUGGCCGAGGUUAUGCAAACACAAGCCGUAAUAGACGACUUCCUAGGCUCCGUAUCUAAAAUGGCAUUCUACUAA